CAUGUUCCCUGGACUUUUCCUACAGGUGUACUGUGAGAUGCGUCCAGAUGGUGGAUGGAUAGUGUUUCAGAGACGAAGCGGACCGGUGGUGUCCUUUGCCAGGAAGUGGAACUUUUACAAAGACGGUUUUGGAUCUCUGGCAUGUCAAAAUGAAGGCUCUGUUUGGCUUCCUUGAGUUGAUGUUGAUGGCUGUAUUGAGUCUCUCUGUCCAGGGAGCAGAUUUUCCUGAAGACUGCUCAAAGAUCAGGGCUCAGUCGCCACGCGCACCCAGCGGGGUUUAUGUCAUCCAGCCAGCAGGAAACGAAACUCGCCUCAGGGUUUACUGUGAGAUGCGUCAAACUGGCGGCUGGAUCGUGAUCCAGAGGCGAAGUGGAGGCGCGGUUUCCUUUGAGAGAGGAUGGGCUCAGUACAGACACGGGUUCGGGUCCCUGACUUACGACCACUGGCUCGGACUGGACAAGAUGCACAUGCUGACCAAGGCCACAGACAAAGUGUGGACUUUGAGGGUGGACCUGUGGGAUCAUGAAGGUGGCUACGCGUUUGCCGAGUACCGAGACUUUAGAAUUGGAGACGAGGGAACGGCUUAUCGACUGCAUGUUGGGACGUACAAAGGAAAUGCAGGUGACGCCCUCCGCGGCGCCUACCCGGGCGCCGACCAAAACGGCGCUGGCUUCAGCACCUCCGACCGCGACAACGACAACUGCUCCCCGUGUAUCCACGGAGACGUGGCUUUCAACAGGUGCACCGACAAGCACGGCGGCGGCUGGUGGUACAGCAGCUGCGGCUCCGCUGCCCUGAACGGUGACUGGCACUCUUCAGACGACCCGAUUGGCUGGGGGUCAGGCCUCCACUGGCUCACCUGGAAGCCAGUGCCUUAUUCGGCGAAGGUCAGCAGGAUGAUGAUCAAGUCUGAUUGAUGGUCUCUGCUUUACGUCCAUGUUCUGAGUUUCAUCAUCUCUUGGUUUUAAAGGUUAGGAAAAGAAGAUGUAAUGUGUGAAAUGGCCAAAAAAAUAAAUAGAUUGGCAAGUGA